CCUGCGGGAAGGUAAAGAUGCGAGUUCGCACUGCGAGUCGUGCGCCGGGGAGCGGAUACUACGGCAGGACCGGCUGCCCUCGCAGCCCACCGGGACUUCUCCAUAUGAUAUGAACACUUUCACAGCAGCGAGGGACUCUGACUGCUGGCCUCACCCCAACAUGAUAAUAUCAGUUCACACUCCAGUAGGCAGAAAGUGAGGACCAGUUGUCACUAUGCGAUGUGUGUAAAGGACCAGCGGUGGUGUUGUGGCCCCAGGCGGGAUGCUGCUGACAGCUGGUCAGUAUGACUCUGCUGGACUUGUGGCUGUCGCGCUCCAUCCCCAUGUGCCUGCUCCUUCAGAGCCUUGUCCUCAUGGCCCUGUGCUUCCCCUCGGCCAGUAUGUGUCCAAAGGGCUGCAUCUGCCAACGCGACCCCCACCUCCAUGGCCUCAAUGUUACCUGCAGUCAGUCCCGCCUCAAAGAGAUCCCCCCAAGCCUCCCGGUUGACACCGUCCUGCUAAGGCUGGAUCACAACCAGAUAGGAGCCGUGCCCGAUCAAACCUUCCAAGGACUUAGGCUUUUGAGGGAGCUCAAUCUUUCAUACAACGCAGUGGAGACUUUAGGAGGAGGGGCCUUCAGCGGCAUAGAGGCGACUUUACAGGUGCUGGACCUCUCCCACAACCGUAUUACUAGCGUACACAAGGAUGCCUUUGCUCGGCUCAACGCCCGCGUCAUUGUGGACGAUAACCCCUGGCAUUGUGACUGUGCUCUCCAACAGGCUAUCAGCGGAAUGGCCCACAACCACGAAGCCGCCGCUCGGGUUCUCUGCCGGAGCUCAGAGCUUCGUGACCAGGAGGGAAGACCUUUCUUGGCAGUGGACACUGACCUCUGUAACCUGGCCAAAAGGACCACAGACUAUGCUAUGCUGGUGACCAUGUUCGGCUGGUUUGCCAUGGUCAUUUCAUAUGUGGUGUAUUAUGUUCGACAGAACCAGGAGGAUGCCCGGCGCCACCUGGAGUACCUCAAGUCUCUCCCUAGCAAGCCCAAGAAACCUGAUGAAGCAGACGACAUUAGCACUGUUGUCUGACAGCAGUGUCAAAGUGACUGUGUCCAUCACAAACCUAAUGAACACCAAAAUGUUUAUGUAACAGGGCCCACUUUCAGAGUGUUUACUAUUUGUACUACUAGUGAUGUGAGUAUCAAAUCUGCUGGUAUUUUGGAAAUUUUGUUGUAUGUCCUUACCAGGGUUCGUUCAUGACUGAUCUGAGAUAGGAUAAGAAGGGAGGCCACAGAGUCAAAUAGUCUGAUGCCAACAUUAUCUUUUCUACAGAAAUUACUUACGAAGUUUUCAAAAUUUGAAUCUCAGGUUUAAACACUGACGUGAUAGUAGUUGUUUUUAGUUGAAAAUUUGGAAUAUCUGAUAAAAAGAAAUAUAUUUGUAAGACACCCUAUACUCUACAAUAUAUACAAAUUGAAAUUUCCACUCAGAACUUUCAGCAUUUCUGAAUCCAUGGUAUUUCUAUGGAGACUAUUUAAUUAUUAAAGCUUUGAAUAUAUGGUAUGCAGACAUUGGGUUUAAAGUACUCUUAUCUCCCUGCUUUCCUUGAGCUAUGGUGACCUGUCUUUGAUACAGACAAAUCAUAAUUAAGACAAAUUUACACAAUAGAGACAAGAAGCUAAGAUUUCACUGAAAUAUUUAGUGAAUGAGCUCACAUUGUGGCUACAGAGAAUACUGGAUGCUAUGGAAGCCCAUUUUUGCCAAGAAAAGAAACUAAUGAAAUGUUAAGAAAGAUUUGAAAUAAAUAUAUA